ACAUGACCUUCGGGUGUGACUUAAAAUGUCACACAUUCAACACAAAUAUUGGAAAACGUGCUAAUCAUUAAUGAUUAUUCGAGGUAUUUAAAUAAAUCCAAUCUAAAAAAUGAAGAACACACAAACAAUGGCUACAGAAGCAUUCAGUCUGUGCAUAAUUAUUACUGUGAUGCAAUUGUGUUUGACAACACACACCACUAAUCUGACAAAAGAGAGAUGUCAGGUUGCAGUACAGGAAGCACUUUCGAUGGGACUGAACUUCCAAGCGCCCCCAAAUCUUCCUAUAUUUUUGAAUCCUACAACUCGAAAUGAACAGCUACAAUCACAUAAUAAACCACAAGAUAAUAAAGACCAGAGAUCUCAACAGAACGGACAAUUUAGCACUGUGCCUAUGCCUUUAACAACAUUAGAUGAAAAUCAAAGAAAUGCCAAAGAAUCAUUACAUUUAUGGCUUUCUGAAACACAACUUAACCAACUAUUAGAAUACAACUUUUUGGAUAGUUAUCGUGCACAAGCAGGUCAAGGCAAGAGUAUAGCUGACUUAACCUGGGACACUAAUCAUACACAAUCUUAUCAAAGUUUAUGCUUUUGGUCAGAUUCAAUUUUACCACAACAAACAUGUUGUACAUUCCAAAUGGAAUUAGGAUUACUACAGAGGACAACAGAAGAAUUACAUCAGAGUUUAUCAAAUUAUUUGGGUCGAUGGCAUAAACAACUGUCGUCACUACGGACUGCAUUGAGAGAUGAAUUGAUUCAAAGUCUUGAAGCCUUGAAAAUCACACUGAAUCAAACCUUAUGUUCAUAUGAAUUAUUAAAACCGAUAAAAGAAUUUGCACAAACUAUUUCAUCAAAUCGUUCAUGGAGUUGUUGGCAGCAUACAGUGGAGUUGAUUUCUAAACUUCGUUUAAUCUUAGAACAAUCCUUUCUAACACAAGAUGAUAUUAUCUUGGAUCUAAUGUUCCCUAUUGAUAACUUUUUAAUGCAAUCACUAUUGGAGACAUCCUGUCAAACACAGGUUACAGAUACAAAGAAUAUUCAAGCUGAAGAAUUGGAUGAGAAAAUCAAAUGUCAUGAAUACUGUCAAGCACGUUUGAAUUUGAUAUUCGAUUCAUUGACGGGUCAUUCAGAUCUACCUUCUUUAACUAGAAAAUCAAGAAAUUUACUACUUGUGAAUAAUAAUAAUAACAAUAAUAAAAAUAAAGCCAGGAAGAAACAUACUCUGUCAAGGCCAUCGAAAUCAUCACAGCCGAAUAAAGAUGACGAUGAGUACACCACAGGAAGUGGCAUCAGAUCAUUAAGACGGAGAAAUACCAAAUCUCAGAAUACUACACCUGCUACGAUUAACACCAACAGUAAUAAUAGUGAUUCAAAUCAAAUUGUUGAUGCUGAACAGUUUAGAUUAUUAUAUCGACCAGAAUUAGUGUUUACAUUUCGACUUAAUCGAAAACUUAUUCAAUCAUUGGAGUUAGGUGAAUCAUUGAUAGAUGGAUUGAAGAAUUUUAACAUUGCUCAAGGAACGUGUAUGCGAAAAUUAAUGCGUAUGCAUCAUUGUGCUUUAUGUGCAGGCGAAACUUUAUCAAGACCUUGUCCUGGAUUAUGUUUAAGAAUAUUACUUAACUGUCUGAAACCACUGAAUCAAUUAAAUCCACACUGGCAUCGUUUUACAGAAACUAUUAAGAGUGUUGCAGAAAUGCUUUUAGAAAAACCUCAUCUAAGAUUGGAAAAUCAAUUGAAAGACUUUCCAGAACGACUUGUGAAUUAUUAUUAUCAACUGUUGAAUACCUACCAUAAUUGGCUACAACCUCAGUGUUCAGGAAUUGUCAAAUUGUACGGAGUAUUCAGUUUGAUUAAGAAUAAUCUCAAGAAUGUACAACAAAGGAUAAGUCGAAAAACUGAAGAAGAAAACAUAAGAAAUUAUAAGAAGGUUUUUGAACAAAUAAAAACUACAAUGGAUGAUAUUACGAAUAUAUGGUCACGAUCAGGUGUAGCUCUUUGCUUAGAAUCACCUUAUCUUGCAUUGACCAGCGGAAGACACGAUCAAUGCUGGAAUGGAACAGCUAUAUCAAGUUUUAAUGAAGAGAAGUGUACAUUUUGUCAACAGGAGACAAAAGACUCUGUCAGUCAGUCGCAUUAUACUACUACUAAUAAUAAAAAUGAAAAAUCCACAGUACCAUCAUCAAGUAGAAGGCAACGUACAUCUUUUAUACCAUCCAGGGAUUCCCAGCAGUCAAGUACAAGUGAAACAGACGAUAUUCUAUCGGCUUCAAUCGCGUCAACUAAUUACUUGUUAAAUAAUCCAUCAUGGAAUUCUCCAUUACAACAUGAUAAGGAAUUAGCAUUCCGACGAGCAAAUGAAAUUCUCGUUAGAGCAUCUAGAGAUCUUGAAUGGUCUGUAAAAACACUACAGGCUGAAACAAACUUUUACAAUUCACUUAAUACAAAAUCUUUUUCAAAUGAUAAUGAAGAUGUCUACAGAGCUGGGAAGACUAAAGAUGGUGUACAAAUUCCUAUAUCAGAGAAAAAUGGAAGUGCAGGACCUAGAAAAUCGCCUAAUUCACAGUCAGAUAUGACAAAUUCUUUCGGUGCAUUAGCAUAUGGAUCAAUUCUUGGCUGGAAUGCUCCAGAAGAUGAAGGAGACGAAGAAAGGCGUAGAUUAGUCACAAAUACAAGAAGUCGUAGUCCUUCAUCGCUCGACUCUUCUUCAAAACCUGUGAGAAUCAAUAUGAAUCAAGAUAAAAGUACUAAGAGAAAGAAUUCAACUGAUAGAACUCAAACAUCGAAGGUAUUAGAAAGAAAUCCAAAUGUUGGAUCAGGUUUAAUACCUGGUUGGCCGUUGUACGCCUGGACUCCAAUCAGCUCACCUGCAAAAGAUAAUCCUUACGAGAAACCAGUAGAAAGUAAUUUCCCUCAACAAGAAAUUAAUUAUGACGGAAGUGGUUUUCAUAAUCCCAAGGAUUCAAUGCCACCUACCGGUGAAUAUGAUUAUCCCCAGAUGUUUCCUUUUGUCAAUAUGAAUUCACAAGGUGGAAACACACCGACUUCAAGAUCGAAUGAAAGCUUAACUCAGACUACAAAUCGCUUACAAAAGCCAAAUAUUAGUAAUCAAAAAUCAGUCAUAAAUUCACCAAAUAUGCAGGAAAAGAAUCAAACCGAAUCAAACAAGGAUUCCAAUGUAGAGAAGAAGAAAAAUGCUGCAGGUCAUGUUCAUUCGUCAAGUUUUACAUAUUAUUACAUCAUAGUUAUCAGCGUCUCUGUGAUGGUGCAUCGGCUCUCAUCGCUAACAGUUUAUUCAUUUUAAAUGACUCACGCAGCACAUACACACACACACACUGCCUUGUCGCCAUUUAUUUUCUCACAUUCAGUCAUACGGUUAAGGGAAAUAACAAAAAAAACAACAAAUAAACAUUCUAAUAUGCACAGAAAUUCAAGUAUUUUCUAAUAUCAUCAUCAUCAUAUUUGCAAUCUACGUUGUACAGUCUCCGUACUCUCGACUCUUUUCUCCUUUUUUUGUUGUUGUUGAUAAAAUGAAGCUUUCAGAAGUAACGCAAAAAGACAAAACAUGCCAGAAAUAACCCAUUGAAUAUUUGCUUGAUGAUGAUGAUGAUGAGGACGAUGAGGGCAUCGAUUUCGUCGUCAAGAUUUCAUUAUUCCCCCUGUUUGUUUGUUGUUGUUGUUUUUUUUGUGUAUUUAAUCAUCCUUAUUAUUGUUAUCAUUAUUAUUAUUCCCAUCAAUCUUUGUACUAAGAUUUCACUGAGAUUAUUGAAUCAGGCUGUUUUUUUUGUUUAAAAGAGACGAAAUUCAAAACCAAAAUUGUCCGUUUUGUAGGCCGAUAGGGGAAGCUAUUGAGGCGGAAGUUGGAGCGGUUCACUCAACUUUCAAUUAUUCCCCUAUAUUCUAUUUUAAAAUACCUAGAAUUCUAAUCAGAAAUGCUGUUCUCUAUAAAUCAAAUGUGUCCACUAAUGGGCUUCUGAAUAUGGCACAAUGAAAUGAGGCUGGUGAAGAGGAGUGAACACUAUUCAAUGUUUCAAUUUCUUCAAAUUACUUUUAUACUUAUUCAUCGUCUAUCAUCAAGUUGAAUAAAUUAAGCCAAAAAAAACAACAACAACCCCGCAGAGUACUAGUGAUCGUAGUAUCAUUCCCUGAUUCCAUACAACAUCAAAAUAACGACAUAUUGUUUGUACACCAGUAAAAGAUGGUGGGUCUGUUGCAUAAAGUGAUAAAUUGAGAAGAUUUCUCUAUUCCUUAUCUAAAUGUUUUCCUAAUUUUAAUUAAUCAUAUAUAUAUAUAUAUAUUAUCAAAUAUAUCUUUGAAUUUUGAAUUUUAAUCAGAGGUAUAAAAUGAAAUAAAUAAUUUUCUGAAAUA